AUGGAACAGUGGUUCAAAGGUGCACCAACUCUGUGGCUGCAAGACUCUUCUGACAACGUUGAAAGAAUUUAUUUGGAUGACAAUGAGCUGCCAGAACUUAAGCCGGCGUUAGUUGCAACUGCCGUACAACGACCAAUGUCAUUGGACCUGACAAGGAUGAGCAGUUUUCGCCGCCUACAACGUGCGUGGGCGUAUGUGUUGCGUUUUAUCAAAAACGUGCGUACGAAGGUUCGUAACACUUCCGACUUGCAAGUGUGUGAAAUCGCUGAAGCAACACAAACUAUACUGAAGCUCGUGCAGAAUGAGGCGUUUGAUGAGAUUUUUGAUGCUAUGGUAAAGGGUAAGCAGUUAAAGCAGUACCGAGGUUUAGCUCUUUUCAUCGAUAAGGAUAGGAUCAUCAGGGUUGGUGGUCGCCUGAAAUAUUCAUCGAUACCCUAUGACGGCAAGCACCAAAUAUUGUUGCCAGAAAAGCAUCACGUGACUGAAAUUGGACAACGAGGAUUGUUGGCUAUUCUACGCGAACGCCAUUGGCCCAUCAAAGCAAGGUUGCUAAUAAAACGCAUCGACUCAAAAUGCUAUGUCUGUUUUCGGCACAAUCCAUCGCCGGUGAACCAGUUCAUGGGCGACCUCCCAGACUACAGGAUUACACCUUCACCCGUUUUUUCGAAUACUGGAAUCGAUUAUGCCGGCCCAGUAUAUCUCAAGGAAGCUGGUAGGAAGAAAACGCUGUACAAGGCUUAUAUCGCAGUGUUUAUUUGUUUGGCCACCAAGGCCAUUCAUAUUGAGGUAGUAUCAAACUUGACCGGAGAAACUUCAUCGCUGCUCUACAACGGUUUAUCAGCCGACGUGGUAUUGUGA